AUGGGAAAGUUACGGGCGAGGGUGUCCAAAGUUUGUGACUUUUGCAAAAAGAGAAAAGUCAAGUGUGAUUUGGGAAAUCCUUGUUCCACGUGUAUCAAAUACAAGAGGAGUCCUUGUGUUUACUCGGAACUAUUGGGGAAUGAAGAUAUUACAGAUGAUGAACCACGAAGGAAGUAUACAUCUACACAAAAGAAUGACAGCGUCAAAGACGGAAGAUUCAAUAACCCUAAUUCUCUAUUCUCACCAAAAUCAGCUUCCCUUGAUGGACCGGUGCUGGCAAAUGGUUUUAUGUCCAAGCCAUUGACACCAGAUGGUGCAAGUAUAGAUACUGUACACGAUGAGUUGUCGUUUCUCAAACUGAAACUACAGUCUUUGGAACAGCAAUUGAAUACUCAACAACAACCACAUAAAUCAUCAGAAGGAAGGGCCUCGGUGCAACUGCAACUGCAACUGCUGUUGCUGCAACAACUGCCAUUACUGCUAGACCCACUCAAACAAACUCCUGAUGGUAAAACUUACACAUAUUCACCAACCAAUCCCAGUUUGUCGCUGAUUGAUCCAAUGGAUCUAUAUGGCCUCAAUCCUAUAGAAUCUGAGAACGAAUGGAUCAACUUUAUAACCGGUUACAAUCCAAUACAGAAUAGAGAGCCAGUCAGUAGAAAACAUUAUGGUCCUUUAUCGUGGGUUACGUUGUUAAAAAUUGACAAUGCAGUGGCUGCUAUUUGGACACAGAUGGAGCAUAUAAAGAAACAAUACAAAGUACGUGCUGGCACCCAUUUCAUUCCCCCAGGUGACAACCCAACACAAGUUGAAAAAGACUUUUCUGAAAAGGCAUAUAAAGACGAUGGUGAACAUGACGUGAAGUUGUUCAGAGAAACCGAAGUCAAAGCCGGUUCCAAAAAAGUCGUGACCCAAGAACAGUUGAAUGAAAAGGCCAAGUCAUUGGGCUUGUCAUUUUACAAAGGCGGAUUGGAUGAGGAGUUGGAAUUGGUGGAAAAGAUUAGAUUGGUAUUGCCAAAACAAAAUGUCAUAUGGAAAUUGUACAAGAGGUUUUUUACACAUUUAUAUCUUGCCAUACCAUUAAUAGAUGAAACUGCUAUGAAGGAACAAAUACAAAGGCUUAUUGGUCCAGAAGGCUACCAGGAUAUUAAUGUCACUGUAAAGGUUGAAAAGAAGUUGGAUUUUGCUUACUUGGGAUUGCUAUUGAUUAUGAUGAGGUUUAGCUACGUGUCGCUCUUCUCACACGACUCGACAAUUAACGAAAUCAACUUUCAAACAAACAACCCUGAGCCAAAAGCUCAGCAGAUCAAAUUUUUAUUGAACAAUCCAAUUGACAUUGAUGUUAUUGACGUUGCACAAUUAUGUUUAAACCAAUUUGAUAUGAUGAGGUGCGCCAACAUGGCGAUUAUGCAAUUGGCACUAAUGACGAGACUUUACCACAUGUACGCUCCUGAGCUAGGUGAUGGUGUUGAUGGUGGUGAUGCAAUAGUAUUCAACGCCACAUUGAUUCAAAUGGCAAGGUCGCUAGGUCUUCAUCGUGAUCCUGAUUUAUUCCCUGAGACGUUCAAGGAUCUAAGACAAAACAACUUGGCAAGGAAGAUUUGGUAUUACGUGUUGAUUUUAGAUUUCAAUAAUGCAAUGAAUGAAGGAGCCACUGUAUCGGCAUCUUUUAAUUCCUUUGACACCAAAACACCACUCUAUGUUCCGGGUUGUGAGAAUGUUGAAGAUGCUGAAAUUGAAAAGAUUGCAUGCUCUUGCUAUCCCAGUUUUGACUAUGUUUACGAACCAAUGAGUGAGAUGUUUGCUUCGGUAUUUAAAGUUAGAGGUGAAGUUAAUAUGGCAGAUUUGAUGAAAAGGAUGAAUUUCAUGGAGUCCCAUUUCAAAGAACAAUACGGUCUUGUGCCACAGAUGUAUACUACUGUUUGCGAUGGUUCUAAUGAUGCAAUGCCAAACACUCUCAAGUUGAAGAUCUACUUCACUGGUACAUUCCUUGUUGCUUCAAUGCACUUUCACAUAUUCAACUACUACGAGAGGAAGAGAAACAUAAACUUGUCAUACUACUAUAUCAAAAAGAUUAUGCUGAUUAUUGUGCAUGAAGUUAUGCCUUGCUUUAUUGAAUGUAUUCGUCACAAGAAAAACGUGUUUAGAAACUCAACCGAUAUGAUUGCUAGCCCAAGCUUUAUUACUGUUGCUCAUAAAUCGUUGAUAAUGUUGUUUUCAUUCCAUCUCAGGCUUAAAUACUGGAUCCAUGAUUUACAAAAGAGAUACGACCACAGUACGAAAAUGAGACUGUAUGACCUUGCUGACCAUGCUUACAAGACCAAUUUCCAGAAAUUAGUACACUUGGCUGAUUUGGUGGAUAAAUGCAUGGGUCAUUUCCGCGAUGGGGUUGCUCGGUUAUCACAAAGGUACUACUAUGCGUGGCGAGUGACAAAGGCGCAAAAUUUCCUUAAGCAACUGUUGAGCGACAAAUUCUUUGAAACAUACCUGCCAACGUUCACUACCCAACCAUUUAGUUCUGAGAUGUUAAGUCAAUUGGAGCAACUCUUCGAAGUGUCGUUAAGUAAAGUUGAGCAAAGCAAGAACCAACACAAGAUGGAAAAGAGACGCAAAUUGAAUGAUUCCAAAGCGCAAGCAAAACAACAAGAUGAUGAUGUUUCAAUGGAGGAAGAGUUGGAAAAUAAUGUCAAUUCAUUCAUCAAUGGUAAUGUCAGUUUGAGAAAACAUGAAAAUUCGGUAAGUUCGACAGGAUCAACUACAUCUGAUAGUGAAUAUAAACCAAAUGAUCAGGUCGAUACCAUUUGGUUGCAAAUGAUGAACAUGAAGAAUAACGAGGAUCCAAUAAGCAGAAUAAAUGAUCCAGCAAUGAACCUAAUGUAUAGUGCUACGCCUCCUUUCCUCAGUCAAAUGGAUGGUGAUAAUUCUGGUGGUGUUCCUUUUAGUCCUGGAGUUCUUGGAGGACUUGGUGGUACCAGUUUUAGCUCUACUGGAGUUUCAGUUGGUGCUGGUGGUCAAGGAGGAGCAACUGGAGGAUAUAAUUCAUUUGAAUUGAACCAUGGUGAGAUGUUUGAAAAUUUCCCUAUUGAUGAACUUUUCAAAGAUUUCCUUUAA